CCCUCGUUGGACAACUCCUGUACGACUGAGAGCCUACACAGACAGAUCUGUUGACUGUUAAGCAUCCAUGCACUGACUGCUUAUUAAAGAAUGAGUUAUUGAAUGAUUUGCAUUUUGCAUAAAAGGGUAGGUAAGAAAUAUACAAUACAAGUACCAAUACGAGUUUAGAAUAAAAAAACUAUUUUAACGGUUUCCCAUCAUGCAUUUCUUCCCAGCAAAGCAUUCCAUUGGCCAUAGUAUAGUAUAGUAUAUUUCUUAAGUUGUUGUGUGAUGAUUUUAGCAUUCUUUCAAAGAUUGACACCAUGAGUCAGACUGUUGUAUUGAAUAACGACCUCCUUUGAUUUCCAAUGGAUUGACAAGCUCGUUGUGACUUUUCUCAUAGCUCAUGAUUGGCUCCAGUCAAAUAAAGAGCUACAUGUUGCUCAGGGACUUGUUCGUGCCACAGUAUGCCAUUUUAUUUCGUGGGCAUGUGCGGCUUACUGUCCAGUGUGGCUUAUAUAAGUACACAUCUGUUUUCUCUCUAGAUUUUAGUGGGUGCGGCUUAAACACCGGUGCGUCUUAUACACCGGAAAUGUCGGCAAGUACAUAUUAUGUGCAGGCCAUAGUCCAGUAUAUUUUUAGACUUUGAUACUGGCCAGAUAAGAAUGGAUGGCAUGUUGUAGUUUGGAUACCCCUGCUCUAGUUCCAUCAAGGUCAGCUGUGAGACCCUCCAGCAUGUCCUCUGUCUGUCCCCUGGCCUCCCCUUGUUGGACAUGACUUCAGCACCUCACCAGAGAGGAGAAAAUGUUACCCGAUGGUCAUGUGAUUCCACUUGUGGAGUUGUCGGCGAAACAAGUAGCGUUUCACAUCCCAUUUGAGGUGGUGGAGAAGGUGUACCCACCCGUGCCGGAACAACUCCAGCUUCGAAUUGCAUACUGGAGCUUCCCUGAAAAUGAGGAAGACAUCAGGUUGUAUUCAUGCCUGGCAAAUGGGAGUCCAGAAGAGUUUCAACGGGGUGAGCAGUUGUACCGAAUCAGAGCUGUCAAAGACCCUCUGCAAAUUGGUUUCCAUCUCAGUGCGACAGUGGUGCCGAGUCAGUCUGGACAGUCUAAAGGAGCCUACAACGUGGCAGUCAUGUUUGAUCGCUGCCGCAUCACCUCCUGCAGUUGUACGUGCGGUGCUGGGGCCAAAUGGUGUGCUCAUGUGGUGGCCCUUUGUCUCUUCAGGAUCCACAAUGCCUCGGCUGUCUGUCUGAGGGCUCCAGUCUCUGAGUCUUUGUCCAGGCUGCAGAGAGACCAGCUCCAAAAAUUUGCCCAGUAUCUCAUCAGUGAGCUUCCUCAGCAGAUUCUACCCACAGCCCAACGACUGCUUGAUGAGCUGUUAUCUUCUCAGUCCACUGCAAUCAAUACUUUGUGUGGAGCUCCAGACCCCACAGCUGGACCCUCAGCCUCCGAUCAGAGCACCUGGUAUUUGGAUGAAUCGACCCUCAGUGACAACAUCAAAAAGACACUGCACAAGUUCUGUGGGCCCUCACCUGUUGUCUUCAGUGAUGUCAAUUCUAUGUAUCUGUCAUCCACUGAGCCACCAGCUGCUGCUGAGUGGGCCUGUCUGCUAAGACCUUUGAGAGGCCGGGAGCCAGAAGGCAUCUGGAACCUUCUGUCGAUUGUCAGGGAAAUGUUCAAAAGGCGAGACAGCAAUGCUGCUCCACUACUUGAGAUCCUCACUGAGCAGUGCCUGACGUAUGAGCAGAUCAUCAGUUGGUGGUACAGUGUUCGAACUUCAGCAUCUCACAGUAGUGCUAGUGGACACACCGGGCGGAGCAAUGGCCAGUCGGAGGUGGCAGCUCACGCCUGUGCCAGCAUGUGCGACGAAAUGGUGAUGUUGUGGAAGCUGGCAGUGCUGGACCCUACUGUGAGCCCCUGCAGGCGUCUGGAACUGGCCAGUCAACUGAAACAGUGGCACCUUAAGGUGAUAGAGAUUGUGAAGCGCGGGCAACAUCGCAAGUCUUUGGACAAGCUUUUCCUGGGCUUCAAACCUGCUGUGGAGUCCUGUUACUUCAACUGGCAGGUGGCUUACCCACUGGAAGGCAUCACAUACUGCAGCGCUGAUAAAAAGACUGCCUCUUUCUGCUGGCCAAGGGGAAUGCAGCAACAGAGAGCAGUAAGAACUUCUGCGGGAGGUAUUGGGGAAACGUCUGAACCAAGAGGACCAGAUUUUAAAGCAAGAGAAAGCUGUCAUUCACCUCAGGAAGAAGUUGUCGUGCGACCAAAGGAGACGUUAUUAACCAAAAAGAAAGCCUUCUCAAUGAACGGUGGGGGGAGUAUGUUGGUUCGUCUGGGAGGGAGUGUCUCACUGUCCCUAGAAGAUGCAGGGGGGAAGUGUUUCUACAAAGGACCAGGUGGUUCUUCUGGGGGGAAGCUGAAAUUCAUGCAGGGCUGUGGGAAGGGGGGGAUUUUAGGGGGGUGUGGAGGGACCGGACCUGCCAAAAACGUCAACGCCAAGCGAAGAACCAGCAGUGAAGAUAGUUCUCUGGAGCCAGAUCUUGCUGAACUCAGCCUGGAUGAUGGCUAUUGUCUGGCUUUGGGGGCUGAGGCAAGCAACACCUUAGAAUGCGUCCCCCCAGCACCAGAGAUCUUUCCGUCCCCAAGUCCACUGCUCCAAGAGUUGUGCAAUAAUAGCAGCAGCAGUAGUAGGAGCACGGCAUUGGAAAUGAAACAUAGUAGCCAAACCUCAGAUGCCUGUCAUGCUGCAGAGCCUGUGGCAGCCACCCUACAUUUCCAAGAGACACAAGUGGCUGUUGUUGAUGCUCCCGGCAGACGAGACGACCCCUCGGAGCAGGAGGUGGAGUCGGUCGAGGACAAAGAUGUGAAUUCAGACUGCAGGCACCAGCCUUUAGCUCAUUCAAGGAAUUCUUCCAUUUCUACCAAGCCAGCCCAAGGCCAUAGCGACAAGACGUGUGAUGGAAAAGCAGCAGCAGCACCAGCUGCUUGUGCAUUACCUCACCAAGAAGCAGGUGCAGUGGGAGUGGUCGUGUGCGAGGACGACUAUCAGGCCUACUACAUGAGCCCUGCUUCAGAGGAGGGAGCCGAUCGACAGCUGGCUGACAACCACCAGGAGGAGGAGCCAGACAUCUUCGCAGGGAUCAAACCGCUGGAGCAGGAGGGACGUAUGGAUGUGCUAUUUGCAUGUGCUGAAGCCCUCCAUGCUCAUGGAUACAAUAACGAGUCAUGUCGACUGGCUGUGGAUUUAGCCAAUGAGCUCCUAGCUAACCCCCCAGACCUGAAAGUGGAACAGCCACAGACCAAGGGAAAGAAGAAUAAAGUGUCGACAGGUCGUCAGACACAGGUAGCCACCAACACACUGUCGAAAGCGGCCUUCCUCCUUACUGUACUCGGUGAACGACUGGAACUCCACAAUCUUGCCUUCAGCACUGGGAUGUUCUCCCUGGAACUCCAGAGACCACCAGCGUCCACCAAAGCUUUGGAGGUGAAGCUGGCUUACCAAGAGUCAGAGAUCGUGGCUCUGUUGAAGAAACUUCCUCUGGGCCUUGUGGAAAUGUCAGUUAUCCGAGAGCGAGCCGAGCAGCUCCGGGAUGGAAACUUCUGUGGUUACAGACCCGUGCUUCCUCUCAUGUUGGCCAGCUUUAUAUUUGAUGUCCUCUGCUCCCCAGUUGUGUCGCCAACUGGCUCCCGCCCACCGAGCCGCAAUCACAACAGCGAGAUGCCUGGGGAUGAAGAGCUUGGCUUCGGGGCUGCAGUUGCAGCACUUGGGAUGAAGACAACAGUAAGUGAAGCAGAGCAUCCUCUGCUUUGUGAAGGAACAAGAAGGGUGAAGGGAGAUCUUGCUCUUGCACUCAUGAUCACAUAUAAGGACGACCAGAGCAAGCUAAAGAAGAUACUUGAUAAAUUGUUGGACAGAGAGAGUCAGACCCACAAACCUCAGACGCUGAGCUCCUUCUACUCGAGCAAGCCUGCAGCUGGAAGCCAACGUAGCCCUUCUAAACACGGCCCUUCAGCUUCCUCUGCAGCCAAUUUGGUGGCGCCUUCUUCCAGCUCCUCUUCUGCUGUGGCGCUGGCUUGUGAAGAGCUGGAUGAACCCAAAUCGGUGCAGAACAGCACAGCGGCACAGAGUACUUCUGAGUGUGUCUCGGAGGGCAAUCCAAGUGAUCAUCAAAACGAUUCAGCCCCAUUUAAGCUGGACACUACUGUUCCGAGCCGGCUGGCGCUGGGAGCACGCUGUGGAUAUAGCCAACGCUGCUGGGGCUCUCCUGUCCGACAGAAGAAGAAACACACGGGCAUGGCGAGUAUUGACAGCAGUGCUCCGGAGACGACCUCUGACAGUUCACCCACUCUCAGCCGACGGCCAUUACGUGGGGGCUGGGCCGCAACAUCCUGGGGGCGGGGUCAAGAUAGCGACAGCAUCAGUAGUUCGUCGUCUGAUUCGCUGGGGUCCUCCUCUUCCAGUGGAUCUCAUCGGGGAGGGGGCGGUGCCAGGGCCAAGAGUACGGACACCAGCAGGUACAAAGGGCGUCGUCCAGAAUGCCACGUGCCCCAUGUGCCCAACCAACCCUCAGAGGCCGCAGCUCACUUUUACUUUGAGUUGGCCAAGACAGUGCUCAUCAAAGCUGGAGGAAACUCCUCUACCUCCAUUUUCACCCAGCCUUCAACAAGUGGGGGUCACCAGGGACCCCACAGAAACCUGCAUCUCUGUGCCUUUGAGAUCGGCUUGUAUGCUCUUGGUCUGCACAACUUUGUGUCCCCCAAUUGGCUGUCCAGAACCUACUCCUCCCACGUAUCAUGGAUUACUGGUCAAGCUAUGGAGAUUGGCAGUGCUGCCCUCAACAUUUUGGUGGAGUGCUGGGAUGGUCACCUCACACCUCCAGAAGUAGCAUCACUGGCCGAUCGCGCGUCACGGGCCAGGGACCCCAACAUGGUCCGUGCUGCUGCAGAGCUGGCUCUGAGCUGCCUGCCCCAUGCUCAUGCUCUCAAUCCAAAUGAAAUCCAGAGAGCCUUGGUGCAGUGCAAAGAACAGGACAACAUGAUGCUGGAAAAGGCCUGCAUGGCUGUGGAGGAAGCGGCUAAAGGUGGAGGCGUGUACCCAGAGGUCUUGUUUGAGGUGGCUCAUCAGUGGUACUGGUUAUAUGAGCAGUCGUUUGUGGGAGCCUUAAGCCAGCACAGGGAGACUCCUGAACGCUGUGGGGCCAAUGGAGGCAUUAACAGAAGGCCCCCAGAGUCCAGCUGUGGCGUCUUUGACGGCGGACCUAGUGUGGAGUCAACCGGGGUAGCGGUCACGGGUUCUGUCACAGCCGCAGCUGUAGUACCGGUUAUCUCUGUGGGCUCCACCUUAUACCAGCCCCACGGCAUGUCUGGGCAGGCGAUGGCGCAUCCUCAUGCCCUUCACCCGUAUGCCACCAUCCAAGCCCAUGUGCCCGCAGUUUGUACUCCGCAAUAUUUGGGACACCCUCUGCAGCACGCGCCCAGACCCGCUGUCUUUCCCAUGGCCGGAGGUGCAUACCCACAGGGGAUGCACCCAGCCUUCAUUGGUGCGCAGUACCCAUUUUCUGUGGCCACGGGUCCCCAACCUUCCAUAGCAGCCACUGCUGUGACUUUCCCUGCCAUCCCUGUACCAUCCAUGACGCAAAUUUCCUAUCCCUACCAUGCUGAAACCAGCCUACCAAUCAGCACCACUGUAGCAGUUGGCAGUAUCCAUGCUGGCUCCACCAUCCAGGCUAUUCAGGGUACCUCUUUAACCUCCCUUUCCUCCCAGCCCAGUCCCUUGAUCAGCACUCCUUUCCCAGUGGAGGAGGACCAGCACAGCCAGCCAAUCAGUCAACAGGGCCUGCACUACCUACAUUCCGCCUAUAGAGUUGGUAUGCUAGCGUUGGAGAUGCUGGGAAGGAGAGCUCAUAAUGACCACCCAAACAACUUUUCCCGAAGCCCCCCCUACACUGAAGACGUGAAAUGGCUACUGGGGCUUGCUGCAAGGCUGGGAGUCAACUACGUGUACCAGUUCUGCGUGGGAGCGGCUAAAGGUGUCCUGAGCCCUUUUGUCCUCCAGGAGAUCAUCAUGGAGGCCCUGCAGAGGCUCAACCCCGCCCACAUCCACGCCCACCUCCGAACACCUGCCUUCCACCAGCUGGUUCAGCGUUGUCACCAGUCCUACCUACAGUACAUCCAUCACAGGCUCAUCCACUUAACCCCCGCCGACUACGACGACUUUGUCAACAUCAUCCGCAGCGCUCGAGGUGCUUUCUACCUGACGCCGGUGGGCGUGAUGCAGUUUAACGACUUGCUUCAGAACCUGAAGCGAGGCAAACAGACUAAGGAGCUCUGGCAGCGCUUCUCCCUGGAGAUGGCCACCUUCUCUCCUUGAACACUUGGGAUCCAUCCAGACACAUUCCCACUCCCUGGGGGUCACAGACCCCCCACUCCACCCCCAGCGAUGUGAACAAACUCGGCACAUGCUAUCACUUCCUGUUCUCCAUGACUGACGAAGAAUUAAUGUUUCUCUGUUCUGCUAAACUUGUUGAGGGACUCAACUCACACCGGCGUCACUCUCGUCAUCUUUGACUGUCAUUUUGUGGAACUGUAACUUUUUGUUUCCUUCUGUUUUUACCCUAAAAUGAGGACAUUGCCGGUGUAUUGUUUUGUUUUGAAGAAAAACCAGUUGGCAUGUAUGGCAGCCAAGUGAGGACACUACGGACGUGUGUGCUAUCUUUUGGAAGUUCUUACGAAGCGACGUCCUGAGAGAAAACACAUCGCUGAUGAGGACAUUGCAUAUUCAUGAUCUUUCAGGAUUUACUUUGAAACGGAAAUGCAAAGACAAUGUCAUCAUCUUCUGAAGGUCUUGUUGGAUGGAUAAAUAUCGCCAUUUAGCCGAGAGGUGUCGAGAGAGCCCGCAGCCAGUUAGCAACCACUAGCCCAGUUUUCAUGAGCUUGACCAUCAUUGUCAUAUCCAUAGGCUGUAUCUGUGAGGAUGACACAAAUAAAUAUAUUAUGGUUUAGGAUGUUUUGUCCAAAAACUAAAGCAGAGAAAAUGCAAUUGUUGAAUUAAAAAAAAAUGUUUUCAAACCAUCGUGGCAUGUUGGAUGAACACUUCGGAGUCCAGGGUAGGAUCACCGUAAAAAACUGUUUCUUGCCUUCAGUGCAACCUCACGUGUGUGACUGUGCAGGUAUUUUUUUUUAGUACUCCCAAGAGAUUAAAAAAAAAAAAUCAUUAUGAUCUGUAAUUAAUUGCUGCAAAGUCUCUUUUUAAUCUCACCUAAAAAUUCCUGAAAAAAAGCCCUCACUUUGAGGUAUUUUCAUUUAAAUUGAUUACAUUUAUUGUGGCAGAUCUAAAGAUGUAACAAAAAGAGUGGCUUUAUAAAGUCAUUUAUUGUCUCUAACAGACUUGCACAGAUGCAGCCAUUGAGCCGCUGUAUUUGAGACUAGUCCCAAGUGCUGCCUGCAAUCUUUCGUUUCCAUAAUAUUGUUUAUUUGCCAAAUAUAAAGCAUUCAAGUUAACACAUAAAAACACAGUAAGACUUUUCUGAGCAAUACAAGUAUUGAACACAACCAGCUGAGGUCCAGUGAUCUCUGGUUAUGGCAACACAGUUGGGCAAAUCCUCCACUAGGGGCGCUGCAAUGAUGUCAGCCUCCCUCUGGUGGACAGAGGCAGCAUUGCAGCGCCCCUGGCAGCAAUAACCAAGGAAAUGCAUUAUGGGAUGAAGUUAAAAUAGCUGUUUUUUUAAGAUUGUAUUGGUACUUGCCUUGUGUAUUUUAGUGAUGGAAAUUUAGGCUCUUUUUAGAGAGCUUGUUUUUGGAUCGGCUCCCUAAAAAGAGCCGGCUCUUUCGGCUCCCAAGUGGCUCCUCAGAUUUUUGUGUCUUAAAUUACCGAAUUAUGUGUAUUGUGUAAAAUGAAUUACCAGUGUAAAAAAAAAAACAUAUAAAAUGUUAUUUUUAUUAUGCCAAGCUAUUAUUACGUUAUUAUUUAAAUGGAUUUAUUUAAACCUUAAGGAACAGCUACAAAAAUAUGUAUUUUUAUAACAAAGACCCAUCUAAAUGGACAAAAUAGGUCAAAUCUCUUCAUGCAAAUUUCUCAAAAACGCAUCGACUCUCAGAGCAGCACAGCGUGUAUUUAACCCCGCCCCUCCCCCUGCUCAGUGUGGACACAGCGACGCCGCAACACAUCUUGGCCAAUGACAUUCGCCUUUAGUUUUUUUCUUUGUCUUAAAAAGACAAGGAAAAAACUAAUCGGCUCCCGAUUGGUACCCAACGAGGCGAGCUGGCUCUUAGAGCCGAUUUGUUCACGACCGACACGUCACUAGUACCGAGCUUUUGAGUGUUAAGUUGCUGUGUGAUGAUUUUGUCAUUCUCUGUAAGAUGACACCGUGAGUCGAACUGUUAUAUCGAGUAAUGACCUCCUGCAACGCUCCUGCCAAGACAGAGCUAGCCUUUCCUCACUGACUUGCGAGACAGUAUUUAAACGAUUAGUAGUAGUUUUGAAUUAAACGCGAUGAGAUUAGAACAUAGCCAUAAAUUAGCCGCACCACUGUAUAAAGUUUAUACACCAGAAAUUGAAGCAGUUUAUUGAUCAACAUUUCAUCUUUUUCCUCGUUAUACUUUACAUUACAGUACGUCUUUUGCUUCAUUUCCAUUUUUGCUUUUUUUUGUUUGGUUUAAUUUUAUUUCUACUAUGU